AUGAGUUAUCCAAACCAACAACAAGAACAAAGUGGUUAUCCACAACAACAACAACAGGGUUAUCCACAACAAAAUCAGGGUGGUUAUCCACAACAACAACAACAACAACAUCAAAGGGGUGGAUAUCCACAACAAGGAUACCCACAACAACCACAGGGUUAUCCACAACAAAAUCAAGGUGGAUAUCCACAACAACCACAAACACAACAAUAUAACCCAUAUAGUCAACAAACAUCACCACCUACAACUACAAAUUCAGCACCACCAACUACAAAUUCAGCACCAUUAAACCCAUCUGUACAACAAACAUCACCACCACAAUCAAUGACUAAUAAUACUGGAGUAUAUUCACAACCACCACCAACUAAUCAACAACAAUCACCAUCAAAAUCACAACCAAUCAAUAAUAAUAAUAUGGGAGGAUAUCCUCAACAAUCAUCACAAUCAUCACCACCACCAACAUCACAACAACAACAAUAUCAAGGUGGUUAUCCACAACAAACAGGUUAUUCUCAACAACCACAAACAAAUUCAUUAUCAUCACCAACCCAACCACCACCACCAAUCACAAAUAAUACAUCAGCACCACCACAACCAACAGGUUAUUCUCAACCACCACCAAUGACAAAUAAUACAGGUUAUCAACAAACUACAAAUACUUCACAACCACCAAUGAACAAUUAUCAACAAUACUCACCAAAUCAACCAAGCGGUGGUAAUAUGUAUCAACAACCACAAUCACAACAAUCACAACAACCACAACAACCACAACAAUAUCAAUAUAAUCAACAACCACCACAACAACCAUAUGGACAACAACAACAACAACAACAACAACAACAACAACAACAACAACAACAACAACAACAACCACCACAACAACCAUAUGGACAACAACCACAACAACAACAACAAUGGAAUAGUAAUCCAGUACCAGGUUUACAAAAUUUAUCACUUGGACCAAAUAACCAACAACCACAACAACAAUAUGGACAACCACAACAACAACAAUAUGGGCAACCACCAUUCGUUGGACAACAACAACAACAACAACAACAACCAUGGCAACCACAACAACCACAACAACAACCAAAUCAACAACAAAUUGAGGAUAAUAGAAUUAAUAUGUCAAAAGUGCCAAGCCCAACAGCAAUUUUAGAACAAUUUAAUAAUUAUAUUUAUAAGACCAAUUCAGAUGUGUCACCACCACCAUCAACAGUUCAACAAUUAGUGAUUGAUCAACAAAAUGCAUCACCAAAUUUCAUUCGUUCAACAUUGUAUACCAUUCCAGAGAAUGAGGAUACUCUUAAUCUAAUUCAUAUUCCAUUUGCAAUUCAUGUUCAACCAUUGGCAUACAAUGGUAUUUCAGGUGAGGUACCAGUGAUUCGUACACCAGGUGGACCAAUUCAAUGUAAACGUUGUCACAGUUAUAUCAAUCCAUUCAAUCCAUUCACCAAUGGUGGUAAAUAUUUUACUUGUCGUUUCUGUGAAUUUGAAAAUCAAGUACCACAAGAAUACUUUAGUGCCACGCUUCCAAAUGGUCAACGUACCGAUUACGAACAAAGACCUGAACUUCAAAGGGGUUCCUACGAUUUCAUAAAGACUGAAGCAAAUGCAGCUCAAGUACCGGGUUAUGUUUUCGUGAUUGAAAUUUCACAAGUUACCAUCAAUAGUGGUAUCGUCGAGAAUGUAAUCAAUGCCAUCAGAAGAAUUCUCAAUGAAAGAUAUGAUAGUAUACCAGCCAAAGUUGGUAUCAUCACCUACGAUACAGAGGUUCACUUUUGGUCAUUCAAACCAACCUAUGCCUAUCCACAAAUGAAAGUAUUGACAGCUGACAAUGUUUUCGUACCAGUUAAUGACGGUUUCCUCGUGGAUUAUCGUGAGUCUAAACAAUUGAUGGAUUUCUUUUUCGAUAAUUUCAAAACCUUCUUCAAACGUCCACAACCAUCGAAUCAACCAUUUGCAUUUGGUGCCGCUGUUCAAGCCGCUGCAAUGUCAUUGGAAAAGAUUGGUGGUAGAGUUUUCACAUUCAAUACUACCCUUCCAAAAGGUUCACCUGGUGCUAUCGCUAAACGUGUCGAAAAAUCAAUUCAACCAUCACCAAACGGUUCACAAUUCUAUAAGACGGUAGCAACUGAAUGUGUUGCAAAGAAUGUUUCAGUGGAUCUCUUUGUAAUUCCAACAGAGAUUUGUGAUGUACCAUCCUAUGCUCAAUUGGCAACCGCUACUGGUGGUCAUAUCAAUCUCUACAAUAAUUACUCGGCCGAAGUUCACUCUGAAUUACUCACAAGUGAUAUCAUUCAUUAUGUUACAAUGGAAUUUGGUUUCAACGCAACCUCUAAAGUUAGAUCCUCUAGAGGUAUCACUGUUUCUGCUCAUUAUGGUAAUAUCACUGAAGAGAAUGGUCUCAUUCAAAUGGCUGGCGUGACCUCUGAUAAAUCAAUUACAUCAGUAUUAAAAUAUGAUGAUAAAUUAAAACCAAAAUCAAAAGCUUAUAUUCAAUUUGCAAUGAUAUAUACAAAUAUUAAAGGUGAAACUAGAAUUAGAAUUCAUAAUUUAAGAUUAUCAGUUGAUUCAGUUUUAACAAAUUUAUUUAAAGAUUCAGAUUUAGAUUCAAUUACAACCUAUUUUGCAAGAGUAGCAAGUAAAGAGGUAUUGACAACUACACCAACUACAGUUCGUUCAAAUACAGUUGAUAAAGGUGUUGAUUUAUUAGCAUCCUAUAGAAAGAAUUGUGCAUCCGAUAAGAAGGCAACUCAAUUGAUCUUACCAGAGGGUAUUAAAUUGAUGCCAAUCUAUAUAUUGUCAAUGAUGAAAACACCAUGUUUCCGUCUUUCACCAGAUAUCAGUCAAGAUUUGCGUUAUUUCUAUUUGAAUUUAUACACUUCAUCAGCACCUUCAAGAAUUAUACCAUUGAUUUAUCCACGUACCUAUCCAAUUCAUAAUUUAUUACCUGGCGAUGGUUAUAAACAUCCAAACUAUGAUCACAUUGUAUUACCAUCAUUCAUUAGAUUAUCGGCCGAUCAAAUCUCUCAAAAUGGUAUUUACAUUCAUGAAGAUGGUAGACAAAUUAUGGUUUGGAUUCAACAAUUUGCUGCUACCAAUUAUCUUCGUGAUCUUUUCGGUAUCGAGAGUACCUUUGGUUAUACCAAUAGUAAAUUAUCACAACUCUAUCAUUCUUUAAAUGGUCAAAACGAAUAUCAUCAACGUAUUGAAGCUAUCAUCGCUUCAAUCACUCAACUUCGUGGUUACAAAGAUAGACCUGUCAUUUUCGUCGUUCAAGGUGAUCCUGUUGAUGCUCAUCUUAGAUUACAAUUCCAUGAAGACAAAGGUGUUGAUUCUGUCUCUUACAUUGAUUUCCUUUGUCAAAUUCAUAAACAAAUUCAAAAUAAAUUAUCGUAA